CGGAAACUAAUUCAAUCGCAGACACCAUAGAUAAGUUCUUGGAUAAACUUGAAACUGAUGGUAAAACCAAGGAUAUUUUUGCAGAUUGCAAUAAGGACCGAACAUGGGGAAACCUAUGAAAGUGAAUCAGAGCUGCCAGAUAAUAGUCCAAGCGAAUUAACCGAUCUAAUGAACCAAUAUCCUGGUCCUGGCAAAAUCUGGCUAACAUGCGAACCUAAAGGAAACUUCCCAAUUAUCAAUUUUAUUCCAUUUCCAUAUUUUGACACGACAACAAAUAUGAAAGGCAUUAAUCGUGUGGUUGCCCUACAACUCAACGAUAUGCCACAAAAUGAGAAAAUAUCAGUCACUUGCAAGGCUUGGGCCAAGAAUAUUGAGAUUGAUAUGUCAUAUCGAGGCAAAGGUCAUGCCGAUUUUUCAAUGGAAAUGAAAGUGAAAACUUAAAAUCGAGGGCAACAUAUUCAGAAUCUAUCCAUAAUCUGUGAUUUAAUUAAAGUUCAAAAUUAUAUAAAUGU